AUGUGCGAUCAAACUACAAGUGGCAAUCUUUUUUCUUUUCCUCCUAAUUCCGAUUCUCUUGUGGAUUGUGAUAUUGUCCCAUCGUGGCGUACAAGCAUUGCUACAGAAUGGAAUACUCGUCGAGCUGCUGACAAAGAAAAGCAAACCGCUUUGUUUCCACUUGCAAUGAAUCCGUUUGGGGAAGAUGAAAUUCUUGCAAUGACUGAAGUAUUAUUAUCAGGCCGCUUAACAUUAGGUGCAGAAGUAGAAAAGGCUGAAAGAAAAUUUUCUGAAUUCAUUGGAGCUCCAUAUGCUAUAAUGGUUAAUUCUGGUAGCUCUGCUAACUUACUAGCCGUUUCGGCUAUAACAAAUAAGUUGCGCCGAGUGCACUGCGACCCUGGAGACCACGUACUAGUUCCUGCAGUAUGCUGGUCAACAAGUGUUUUCCCGUUAAUUCAAAAUGGUCUUUGUCCUGUUUUUGUCGAUGUUGACCCACAUACGUUUAAUGUAACUCUUACUGAACUAGAACGUAAACUGACAAGCCGUGUCAAAGCAGUUAUGGCUGUACAUGUACUAGGUAAUUCUAUAAAUAUGCAACAAAUCACAGAAUUCAUUAAUCGCCACAAGCUUAUAUUGAUUGAGGAUACCUGCGAAUCUUUAGGAAGUUUAUGUCAAACCGGUAUACGGAGCGAACGCAAAAUGUUGGGUACAUUUGGUAGUUUCGGUACGUUCUCGUUUUAUUUUUCGCAUCACAUUACUAGUGGUGAAGGAGGAAUGGUUAUAUGUAAUACUGAAGAAGAUUACAACAUUGUGCGAUGCUUACGUGCUCAUGGCUGGACACGCCAUCUUACAAAUCGUCAAACAAUUGAAGAGAAAUAUGAAGAUAUUGACUCUCGCUUUCUAUUUGUAAAUAUGGGUUAUAAUUUCAGGCCGUUAGAAGUUCAAGGUGCUAUGCUCAAUGUACAGUUAGAUAAACUCCAUAUAUUUAACACAUGUCGUCGUGAUAAUUUAAGACGCAUCAAAGAAACUCUAUCGCGCGACGACAGAUUUUCGCACUUAAUGUCAUUAAUGGAAGCAUCUGAUGGUGUCGAUCCUGCAUGGUUUGGUCUAGGUGUACUGCUUAAUCGUGUCUAUGCACACCAACGUCUCGAAUUCUUACAGUAUCUAGAAAGAAAUGGAAUAGAAAAUCGUCCUAUCAUAAGUGGUAAUUUUGUUCGCCAACCUUGCGUCUCAGCUUUCUGUAAUGACGAACACCCUGAGAACUAUCCUGGUGCUGAGGCGAUCCAUACACGCGGUUUCUUUAUUGGUAUUCAUCAAGUGCCACUCGAUCAGACUGUGAUCAACAAGCUUGCUAAUGUCAUCUUAGCAUUUCCAUUCUCUCCUUAUCAUGUGGUUGUAGUAACCGGAAGUAAUGGAAUGCUCGGAAAAUACAUUCAAGACAUCGUCCUCGAACGUUCUUCGGCAGAUGGCUCCAUCAUAAAAAUCACAAGUACAACACCGUUAAAGAUUGUGACCAAGGAUUCAGAAUGGAUCUUUCUGACACGCCAUGAUGGAGAUCUCUGCAAAGUAGACGAUGUGAAAAAUAUUUUUAAACGAUUUCUACCAACGCGCGUAGUACAUUGUGCUGCACAUCUUGCAUCAAUUCAUGAAAUGUCAGCUAAACCAGUUGACUUUUGGCUCAGCAAUGUUACCAUGAACAAUAAUAUUCUCCAAACUGGAUUUGAAUUUCAAGCAUGGAAUGGACCAAUCAAAGUGGUUUCGAUAUUAUCUACAGUUAUGUUUCCAAAUAAUGCUCAGUUUCCAAUCGAUGCCUCUCUUAUAUACGACGGACCGCCUCAUUCUGCAUCAGAAUCAUACGCAUAUGCUAAAAGAUCACUAGGACAACUUAUACAAUGGUAUCGUAAACAGCAUGGCUGUAAUUUUGUGUCAGUAUUGCCUGGCAAUUUUUUUGGUGCUUAUGGCGAUUUUAAUCCAAAGACGGCUCCACUUGUCAAUGCACUAAUCGCAAAAAUGGAAAAUCAGAGAGAACAUGAUAUUUCAGGUUCUCUUAUCAUGAUGGGUACCGGUACACCUCUGCGUCAAGUUAUGUAUGCACGUGAUCUUGCUAAUAUUGUCAUUUGGACGUUAGGAAAUUAUAAUGAGGAUGCGCCAUUAGUCGUUGCUGGACAGGAAGUCUCAAUUUAUCAGCUUGCUGAGCUUGUCCGAGACCAAGUGGGUUUUACUGGAUGCCUCAAGUUCGACGGUGACAUUAAAUAUGAUGGACCAUUCCGUCGUACAUCAGAUACAUCAAGUUUUGAAAAAUUUCAUCCAUCCUUUAAACUGACUUUACUUCCGACAGCUAUUAAAGAAACACUUGAAUGGUACAGAAGAAAUAAAUUAAAACAAUGA